CAGCCAAUAGCACCCCGUAUUUUGAGUCUGACAGCAGCGCAGCCCUCCCUCCUGUGGUUCGGUAUAAAAACUCUGGACCGAUCACGUUCUGUCCUUUUUUUUCUCUGCUCUAAAUCAGAGGACGUCUAAGUUGCUGGGCACAGUCAAUCAAAAUGGGAAAGGAAAAGAUCCACAUCAACAUCGUGGUCAUUGGCCAUGUCGACUCCGGCAAGUCCACCACCACCGGCCACCUGAUCUACAAGUGCGGAGGCAUCGACAAGAGAACCAUCGAGAAGUUCGAGAAGGAGGCUGCUGAGAUGGGCAAGGGCUCCUUCAAGUACGCCUGGGUGCUUGACAAGCUGAAGGCUGAGCGUGAGCGUGGUAUCACCAUCGACAUUGCUCUGUGGAAGUUUGAGACCAGCAAGUACUACGUCACCAUCAUUGAUGCCCCAGGACACAGGGACUUCAUCAAGAACAUGAUCACUGGUACCUCUCAGGCUGACUGCGCUGUGCUGAUCGUUGCUGCUGGUGUUGGUGAGUUCGAGGCCGGUAUCUCCAAGAACGGCCAGACCCGUGAGCACGCCCUGCUGGCCUACACUCUGGGUGUGAAGCAGCUCAUCGUUGGAGUCAACAAGAUGGACUCCACCGAGCCCCCUUACAGCCAGGCCCGUUUUGAGGAGAUCACCAAGGAAGUGAGCGCCUACAUCAAGAAGAUCGGCUACAACCCCGCCACUGUCGCCUUCGUCCCCAUCUCUGGGUGGCACGGAGACAACAUGCUGGAGGCCAGCGACAAGAUGAGCUGGUUCAAGGGUUGGAAGAUUGAUCGCAAGGAAGGUGGCGCAACAGGCACCACCCUCCUGGAGGCUCUGGACUCCAUUCUGCCCCCCACCCGCCCCACCGACAAGCCCCUUCGUCUGCCCCUGCAGGACGUUUACAAGAUUGGCGGUAUUGGAACUGUCCCAGUCGGCCGUGUUGAGACUGGUGUCCUGAAGCCCGGUAUGGUUGUCACCUUCGCUCCCCCCAACUUGACCACUGAGGUGAAGUCUGUCGAGAUGCACCACGAGUCUCUGACUGAGGCUCUCCCUGGCGACAACGUCGGCUUCAACAUCAAGAACGUGUCCGUCAAGGAAAUCCGCCGCGGAAACGUGGCUGGUGACAGCAAGAACGACCCACCCAUGGCAGCUGAUAACUUCACAGCCCAGGUCAUCAUCCUGAACCACCCCGGCCAGAUCGCCCAGGGCUACGCCCCCGUGCUGGACUGCCACACUGCCCACAUCGCUUGCAAGUUCAGCGAGCUCAAGGAGAAGAUCGACCGUCGUUCCGGCAAGAAGCUUGAGGACAACCCCAAGGCUCUGAAGUCUGGAGACGCUGCCAUCAUCACCAUGGUGCCUGGAAAACCCAUGUGUGUUGAGAGCUUUUCCCAGUAUCCUCCACUGGGCCGCUUCGCUGUGCGCGACAUGAGGCAGACCGUGGCCGUCGGCGUCAUCAAGUCCGUUGACAAGAAGGUGGCCAGCGGCGGCAAGGUCACCAAGUCUGCACAGAAGGCCGAGAAGAAGAAAUGAAUCCUGAUGCAGGACGUCCAAGAACAUGUGGCGCCUCAGCAGCAGCGGGCGGCUCCAUCCCCUCGUCUCCCCUGGCAACCGGCACCGUCUCCUCUGAGGCAGAGCUCUCUACUCAAGGACUGGCUUAUGCUGAUUAAAACCCAU